AUGUUAAAAAGAGAUGAUAACGUUGAACUUUACGAGGACGACGAAAAGGCUGGGCAUCUGUCCAGGUUCUUUCAGUCGGUUUUUACGAGAGAAGCCGCUGUACCUGCUGAUCACUGUAAUGUAGACAAUGUCCCGAAAAUUGGCUCAGUGGUUCUUACAAAAGCCAUUGUUCAACAAGAACUACUGAAGCUAAAAGAAGCCACAUCGCCCGGUCCUGAUGAACUACCAGCAAAGUUCUUGAAGGAAUUAGCCACAGAAUUGGCAGAACCUCUGUGUCUCCUCUUCAAAGCCUCUGUUGAUGCAGGCAGACUGCCUCCUGAGUGGAAGACUGCGUGGAUUUCACCGAUACAUAAAAUUGGCAGCCGCGCUUCCGCAAACAACUACCGACCGGUAAGCCUCACCUCCAUAUGCUGCAAAGUUAUGGAGCGAAUUAUCAAACACGAACUGAUGCGGUUUUUAGAACAACAUCAUCAAUCCGAUGCACAGCAUGGGUUCCGCAGAGGAAGGUCCUGCUUGACCAAUCUACUCUACUGUCUUGAGCAGUGGACCCGAGUGAUUGAUGAAGGAAACGUGGUGCAUGUAGCCUAUAUAGACAUCAAGAAGGCCUUCGACAGCGUGCCACACCAACGUCUCCUAUACAAGCUCAGCCGCAUAAGGGUAAAAGGCAAGCUUUUGAAGUGGAUUGAAAACUUUUUGAUCGGUCGGUCUCAGACUGUCCGUCUUGGUGGCCAGCAAUCGGCAGAGGUGACGGUUACGAGCGGACUACCUCAGGGCUCCGUUCUUGGCCCUAUCCUCUUCCUCAUCUAUAUUGAUGACUGUAUCUAUGGUUUCGACUGCAACAUUGCUAUGUUUGCUGCAUAUAUAAAGCUUUGUAUCGUCAUCCGCAACGAGGACGAUGAAGGAAAUCUACAGGCAAACUUCGACCGACUCGAACAAUGUUAA